CUCAGUUUCUCUGGCUCCGCCCUCAUCCAGUGGACAUGCUUUCUAGCUAACAGAUCACCAACCUUCCAGGCCACUGAAAGAAGUUAGUCUCUAUCAAGGCACAGCCUUCUUACCAUCCAAAGAAAGGACAGUCUCUAUUUCUCUUUCCAUCCUUUUGGCGGAAAGUGGAAGCUUUGAUUGUAGCAAACAUUUGAUCUAGUACCGUUCUUCAGUAGAAGUAAGGUUUGAUAUCAAAGGAGAACAAAGAAAAAAAAAAUCAAAAUGACUGAAUCAAUGGAGAAGGAAGCAUUUGUGGUAGAGAAGUUUGAACCUGUCUCAGUUCCUCCAGCAUUUAAAACAAUCGAUGGAGUCUACUUCUUGUCGAACUUGGAUUUGUACCAGAACCUUACUAUUUCAAACCUAUUUUGCUACAAAUCAGAGACAAGGACUAGCAAUAAUAAUGCCUGUGAAGUGAUCAAACAAGCUUUGGCUGAGGUUUUGGUCCACUACUAUCCAUUUGCAGGGAGGCUUGGCAUAAGUUCUGAAGGGAAAUUAGUUGUCAAUUGCACAGGAGAAGGUGCUAUAUUCGUCGAAGCAGUUGCAGAUUGCGAUCUUGAUUUGUUAGGGAAUAUCACAAAAUUAAAUUUUGGGAUGCUGGGGAAGCUUGUUCAUACCUAUCCAAUUUCCCAAAACAUCUUAGAAAUACCAUUACUGACGGUUCAGGUGACAAGGUUUAAGUGUGGAGGGUUUGUUCUUGGAGUAGCAAAUAACCACUGCAUGGCAGAUGGGAUAGCUAUCAAUGAUUUUCUAAGUUCUUGGGCUCAAAUCGCCAGAGGCUCACCAAUGACUAUCUUCCCGUUCCUUGACAGAAGCAUAUUGAGUUCAAGACAACCUCCUAAGAAUGAAUUUCCCCACCAAGAGUUUUAUGAGAUAAAAGAUGUUCCAAAGAGUGUUCUUGCUUCCAAAGAUGAAGAAUUUGUACGCAAAUCUUUUUGUUUAAAAGACAAGAAAUUGAACCACUUAAGAACAUUAGCAAUGGAAGAUGGAAAAAUAGAGAAAUGCUCCAACUUCACAUUGGUAGCAGCUUAUACAUGGCGUGUCAUGACUGAAGCACUUCAAAUGGAAGCUGAUCAACAAACAAAGCUUGUUUUCGCAGUCGAACUCCGGUCUAAGUUCAAGCCGCCAUUACCGAAAGGGUACUUUGGCAACGCCGUCUUCCAUCCUUGUUGUCUUUGCAGUGCAGGAGAAUUAACAAGUAAGCCAUUUUCAUUUGCAGUAAAAUUGGUGCAAGAUGCAAUCAAAUCGGUGACUGAGGAAUAUGUUAGAUCUGCCAUUGAUCAUUAUGAAGUGAAAGGAACAAAUCCUUAUGGUGCCUAUACUCUUUUUAUUUCUGCAUGGUCUAAAUUGGGUUUUCUUGAUAAUGAUUUUGGAUGGGGGAAACCAACUCAGUCAACCCUUGGAAAUCCAGGGCCUAAUUUGUGCUUUACUCUUCCUCAAAGUGAAGACAAGAAGGAUGUAAACUUCCUAAUGGUCAUGGCAUCAUCCCUUAUGAAUUCCUUUGAAGGGCUUAUUGAAACCUAGUUGAGACUUGAGUGAGAUCACAUGCUUGUAAUAGCAACUAGAAGUACCAAAAAAAAAAAAAAAAAUUACAAGUACUUUUCUAAUCAGUUGCGUGUUGUGUUUUUUUUUUUUUUUUUUUUUUUUUUUUGUUCAGUAUGACGUGUAUCAAAUAAGAUAAAGGCUAAAUUGGUAAUAAGAUUUGGCUGUAAAUAGUGGAGGUAGAACUUAAAUUUGAAAUAUGUAAUUGAGGCCUUAUUAAUAUAAUUUGAUAAAUUUCCUUA